AAAAGGAGAGACCGCGGGAAAAUGACGUCACUUCCUGUUUGGAGAAUGUGUACUGUGUAAGGAUGGCGCGGAGCUGGUGGAAAUAUGCUUCAAGAAUUUUUUAAAAUCGCUGUCUACAAGCAGUUUGAAAAUUGCUAAUUGGCUGCAAAUUAUAUUUUACCCGUGUGAUAGCAUGAGUGUCACAUCCUGAACUCCGCUGUACAGUGUUUGGUCCAUCUUACAGUUUUAUAUCCGCCUGUUGUCGUUUGCUCACUACCAGAAAUACAGGAACUUCUUGUACUAUUGUCUUUCAUUAGCUGACUGAAAAUGGACUUAAUGGAUGAGCUUUGUGGAGAUCUUAUUGACAAGCCCUCUGGUACAUCUCUGCAUUACAAUGAGGACUCGGUGGACAUUUAUUCUGGCCUGGAGAACAGCCCUAAGGGUGAUGGGCACCAAGGUGAAGUCAACCCAUUCGUUUCCCCACGGACAAUGGAAUCAAUGGAUAUAUAUGAGGAAAUUAUCAGGGAAGAACAAGAAGAAAAGGAGGCAACUUACAAAGAGUUAAAGGAAAAAUUUGAUGAUGCACAAAAACAAGUCAAGGAACUGCUCUCAAAGUUACAGCUACUGCAGACAAAGAAUUCAAGUCUGAGCAGUGAAAACUUACUUCUGAAGAAGAACAUUUGUUCUCUCAUCAAGACGGCUAGAAUGGAGAUUGUGCGUAAGGAUGAGGAGAUUAGCAGACUCAGCAAUAGGUCUGGUCGAGGAAGUUAUGGUCAAAAUUUCCGUAGAUCUCAACUGGAAAGUGGUCCGGCAAACACAAGGCACAGUUUGAACAAUCCUACAAGUUCUGUUUUAGGAUCACAAGGUGCUAGACAAGAUAAUACUAUGAAUGAAGUAAAUCAGCACAAGGGCAGAAACACUGAGUCAGAUCACUGUGUGUAUCUGCCAACGGCGCCAACUGCAGCACCACAACCAUUUGAGGUGCUCCAGAGAUGCCCUAGAACUGAUCUUGAAAGUCCUCUGAACUGUCAGAACAAAUCUGCUGCUAAACCUGAUGAUGAGACUCUCAAUGUUCAACCAGAGCAAGACUGCAGACCUCACAGAACACCAGGGAGUAUAAAAAAUCCCACCACAUCCACAGUGGCAGACGUCUUGAACACUCCCAAAACAAAUAACUCUGGACCAAGAGUUCCCGAUACAACUACUGAUUGUCGAUUCAGUAGCUUGAAGGAAGAUAAAAACUCUCCUUUAAAACAUACAGACAAGCUAGAAAAACCACAGAAUUGCACAAGCCGGGACAAAAAUUGUAACUCGAAGGAUAAGCAUGUGUCACUAGAGUCUAAGAGAAAAGUGGAUGGCAACUCAAGCAAGUUAGAAAGAAAUGAAAAAGAGCUUGCAAAAGAUAGUUCUGUGUCUAGUGAAAACAGAAAUCGGCAGCCUGAGGUUCCAGUCUUUCUUAAAACUUCAGAACAAUCGAAAAGUCCUUCCUCUCUGUCACACAAAGCCUCACCAUCUGUCAAUUCCCAGCCAUCCAAAAGUUCAGAUAAGACAGCAGCAGAUGUGGAGGCACAGAGUCAAGGGCACAUGCAUAAUCAAAAUGCAGACAAAACUAGCAGAGAAAUGAAACACUCUGGCUUGAGACGUUCAGAUUGUACUAUGGUUGAUGAAGAAAGCCAUUCCCAAAACCACAAAUGGAAGAAAAGAGAUGCAAGUGGCCAUGGAAGGAAAGAGGAGAAAAGUUCUAGUGCAGCGAGGGAGAGCAGCAGAACGGAAAGAAGUAGAGACCAUAAGCAAAAGAGGCCAAAGGAGAGAGAAAGGAGUAAAAGAGAUGAGGGUAACAAUUGCAGUAGUAGUAGAGAAAGAAGCAGCAACAGGUCAGACAGUAGCAAAGAGUAUGAGCGAAGGAGUACAAAGGAGAUGGAUAAUAAAGAUGAAGAUAAAAGAUCUAAGAAACAAGCUGAUGCCUUAGACAGUAGGCAAGCUUUUUCUUCUCCUAGACGUGAUUCUCAACGAAAGGAUGUUUAUAAGGGGAAAUCAUCAAGCAGAAUCGAUGAGCCAUCAUCAAAAAGCAAACGAUCUCAUUGCUAUGAUAAAUCUAGAGCGACAGAGGAUUUAAAAUGCCCUGUCAAAAAUAGAAGUUCUGAAAAGAAUUGUUUUGAAGACAAGGGUAUAGUCAAGGACAGAGAAAGAAAAAGAGGUGGACAUUUGGAGGAGCAUAGGUUACAGAAGCAUGGAGAAUCAAAAACUGUUCCUACCAAAGAUGGCAGAAAGAACUCUCCUAAAAAACACAAAAAUGACAGAAAAGGUCAAGAUGAUAAGAAUGAGAAAGACAAACAUCUUGAAUCUGUUCAUGCUGAGUCACCAUCAGUGGUAGCUGUCAGCAUCAAUCGCUGUCAAACAUCUGAGGAUAAUAGUCCAGACAGAAAACUGAGUUUCAUGGAGACAUUGAACCUCACCCUAUCGCCUCUUAAAAAGCAGAAGCAGUCCUCUGAUACCACAGAAGCAGUUGGAGCAUCAUCUGAAGAUGCCUCAUCUCAUGAGAGCAGAUUAUCCGACGCUGGGGAGGAAUUCUAUGUCAUAGAUGAAUUGAAGAACAGCCAGCACAGUGAUGAGGAAAUGGAAAAGAACCCUGAGGCCACAACUGCAGGUGAAAAAGAAGACCUUACUAGUUCUUGCAAACAGUCUGGACAAGUUAUUGAUCUCUUCACAGCUGUAGCCUCUGAGAAGCCCUCAGCUGAACAAACCAAUAUGGAGGUACAAGAAGAGAAUGCCACUGAAAGUCAAGAGGCUGUGGACAAAGUGUCAUCCAUUGUUAAAACCUCAGAGGAGAAAAAAGGCAAGACUUCAGAUUCCAAUGUGUUAGACAAUGAUUUGUCAUCAAAAUUAACUCUUACAAAAGAAUCUCCAAAUUGUGUCUGUGAGAACAGCACAGAAGACUCUCUGGGAAUUAUAGAUAAUGCUGUUGUCUCUAAUACUUCGCUCUCUAAAACAUCAGAAGUGGUCGUUUCAGAUAAUACUCCUGAUUUAAUAGUUGAUGUUUGUCAGCAACAAGAUCCUUCUGCCACUUUGUCUGAGGAGACUUCUCACAUGGAAAUCCAGAGAAAUCUUCAGGCCAAGUCUCAGGAUUUACUACCUGCGUCAAAUGGGAUUUGUCAAGAUGAUGUAUCAUGCUCUGACAAAGCACAAAGUAUUCCUAAGAUUAAUUCUUCUAGGAAUUCUGUGAGUUCUGUCAACAUGAAAGUUUCAUCUAGUACAAUUAAUGCAGAUCUAGAUGACACAAGCAAUGUUAUUUGUGAUGAUGAACAAGUGAGUACUUCAAAACAGGACAAUAAAAUAGCAGGGGAAACAUUUGAAAAUUCUAAAUCAAUUAAAACACAGCACACAUCUGAAAAUCUGAAAAUGCCUGAAAAAUCCCAUCAAAGUCUAUUAUGGAGUCAGAACACUAUGGCUCCAAAUGAUAGCACCGCUGUUGGAGAGGAUACAGUGUCAUCUUUGCAACCUGGUUUCUUAGAGCCAGAUUCCACAGAAAAAGAAGAACAGAACACAAAGUCAUUGAACCCUGUUGUGUCUUGCCAUGAUGAAGACUCCAUGAUGCUUACCCUGAGGAACAUCAGAGUUAUUCCAGAGCCCAUCAGCCCUCUCACAAGCCCAGUACGUCAGGUGAAAAAAGUACAGCCUCAGCGUGCUGAGAAGCAACCACAUGUCAAAAGUCUUACCAAAGAUCUCUCAACGGUAACAACUGGCAGUGAUAAGGAUGAAGUAAAUAUGGACAUGAACAAGGAGAAUAAGUCACCCGACUCUUCUGUCACAGCUUCCUCCAACAAAGGGACAAAGGAUGCCCUCUCUGCUUGUGGAACUGAGGAAGAUGAGCUGGAGGAUGGUGAAAUAGUGAGUGAGAGUGAAGAAGAGGGACCUCUGUUUAUCCAGACUCCUCCAAGAGAAAGGGAAAAACCAACCUCAAAGACUCCAAGUCCAAAGCUACCUGCAGUUGGGAAAAGAGUGUCCCAAAAGAAAUCUUGUGCCCCUUCUAAAUAUUCAGAGAAAAGCAAGUGUUCAAAGUCGUCUGUUUCUAAUGACAGUCCCACCUCAAGUAAGAGACGCUUUAAAACUGUCAGCCCACCAUUGAAAUCAGCGGUCUAUACGCUAGACGGAUUUAUGGACAUGUUAGGAUCUAUUCGAGUUGAGUUGAGGAAAAAGUACAUGAAGCUUCAGAAAAAUGUCACUAAGACUGCAUUCUGCUGUAUAGUGGAUAUGUCUCAUGCCUCUUUUACAGAAUUUAUUAAUGCGGUUGAUUUGGAUAAAUUGUGCUGCCAAGGUAAUGACGUUAAAGUUAGACUUAAUAAGAUUAUUUCAUCAAUCAUGAGCAAGGUCACCAAGAAUGGCAUCGUCAAUCGUAUCUUUGAGCAGAGAGCUGGAGACCUCAAGCAGAAGUUGUGGACAUUUGUGGAUGGGCAGUUUGAUUUCUUGUUCAAGGAACUGAAGACAGCACUCAAAAGUGAGUCUGAGCCGCCCAAGGAUGCAUCAUAUGAAAAUAAAAAUUCAACCCUUAAAAGAAAAGAGGUUGAAAGUGAGGUGGUAGAUAAAGAACCUUUUAGCACACCUGGGCAUCUUCACAGGGCCAAGAAGUCAAAAGUUGACACAGGAAGUUUUGUCAGAGAGGCCCUUCCAAAUAAUCUGCCUCGCAGGGGCCUUGGGAGCAGAGGUAAAAACAUAAAAGCUGUCAUGAAUGAAGAUGAUCAGCCUGCAAAGGUGACGACAUCACAUCAGCUUCCUACUUCAUCCUCUGAAAGGUCUUUCCAAGAAGGUACCUCAGAAUCUGGCAAUAGAAUCUCUUCCUAUGUCCGACGUCUCUCACAUAAUGGAUCGAUUCAGGAUAAGUCGGACUUUGAAAUUCUAACCGAGCAGCAGACUUCAAGCUUAACCUUCAACUUGGUCUCUGACUCUCAGAUGGGAGAGAUAUUCAAGUGUCUUUUGCAAGGGUCUGAUUUGCUUGAAUCCAGUGUACCCGUUGGGGACAAUACAAGUUGGCCACUGAGCACACCUCGAAAAGAAGGACUUCCAGGGGAGAGUUUGAUUGGCAUUAUGACCCCUAACAAGACAACCCCAUCAAAAUUCAUCACACCCUGGUCUUCCAUUUCCCCCUACAAGUUUCCCUCAAACAGCAAAAUGCUGGUAGACCCAGCAAUUCUCGAUGAAAGCUGCUUGUUAGAAGUUCCCUCUAAUUCUGAACCAUGCCAGCUUCAGACAACUGUAAUCUCUCAGAGAUCCUUCUCUAUCUUGGCGGAAGAUCUAGCCGUGUCCCUUACCAUUCCCUCCCCAUUAAAGUCCGAUAGUCACUUGAGUUUCUUGCACCCUGGUACUGGACAGCCAUUGUCUGCCCCAAACAGUGUCCUCAGUGCACAUUAUAGUGAAGACGCUCUUCUUGAUGGAGAAGAUGCCACUGAACAGGACAUCCACCUUUCUCUGGACACCGACAACUCCAGUUGUGGGUCGAGUCCCAGCAGGACAUGGGAGGGCUCCAAUCCAUCCAGUUUCCAAUUCCAACCCAAUUUACAAAUGCAGGCUGUGGUAAUGGAGAGGUCAAAUGAUCAUUUUAUUGUACGAAUAAGACGAACAUCUACUGGCCCGGUUGAAAGUAAACAAAAUGAAGGGAAAGCAGUACCAGCAUUAGCUGAAUGUCCAGAGCCAUCUCUUAAGCCUAAUCUCGCUCUGACCCAUGAAGACUUGGGUCCUGCACCUGGAGAGACAUUGAACAAAAGCCCAACCAAGGUAAACGAGUCAUAUCACAUAGGCAAAGAUAAAACAAUAGAAUCUCAACCAUCAAGCCAAAAAUCCUCAUCUGAAGGUGUUUGUGAUGACAACUUGUCCUGCAACAAUGCUGAGCCUGUUUCCAUAGAAGCAUGUGUUACUGCUCCUGAGGAAAGCACUGCAACAGAGACUGAAACAUCAGAGAUGAUGUCAGGAAAUGCAAGUAACACAAUUCAAAGCCCAAAAGCACCAGAGUCUAAAUCCCAGAGGGUGUCAAAGAAACGCAAGCAGCACCACUCUGAGGCAAAGGCAAAGCGCCCAAAGGUAGAUAAAUCUCAAGAUAAACAUUCCAAGUCCAGGCAUAAGAAAAGGUCAAAAUCCUCCAAAGAAAAAGGCUCAAAAAAUGCAAUACCCCAGGUGUCCCCUAGCAGCCUGUCUGCUAAGAAUGUAAUCCGGAAGAAAGGGGAAGUGGUGGUGACAUGGACCAGGGAUGAAGAUCGCGAUAUACUCAUCGAGCUUAAAAUGAAGGGCACUUCACCUAAGACAUUUGCUGCUCUGUCGAAAAGGUUGAAGAAGUCAACAGAGCAGAUUGAGGAGCGAUUCUCUCAAUUGAUGAAGCUAUUCAAGAAGAAAGAGAAAAUGGAGAAUUGAUUGAAUAAGAACGAGAUUGAACAGACUUUGAAAAGAAGUCUUUGGAGAUUUCAGUGUCUGCAUCAGCAUCCAACUGCAGAAUUAUAAUACAUUGAAUAUGAAAAUCAGUGUAUUUUAUGUUCAUCUGUUUGAAAAAGCACUUACAGUUGUAACUCGCCAAAAGAUCUGCAGUAAAUGGUAUGAUCGGUUUUAGAGGGUUUUUUUUUUUUUUUUUAGAUUACCAACAUCAGAUUACCAACAUUCAUAAUUACUGCAGAGCAGACACCAAACAGGCAACAUUUUGAAGAAUAUAUUAACUAGAGAAACUUUUGCAGUGUGGUCUCUGAAAUGUACAUUAAUCUGUGUCAAGGACAUAAAAAACUACUCAACAAAGUAGAUAAAUGAUGCUUCAUAGUAUUUUCAGUGCAUAAAGCCCUGUAUGAUGCCUUUAGAAUUUACUUGUUUUUCAUUAUUUUGGCAAGUUAGUCAUUGCACAAAGUACUACAGUUGUCAUGUUUUUAUGCAAUUAAAUGAACACAAAAAGUAUUCAAAGGACAUUAACUUGUAUUACAAGUUGACUUUUCUGAUAUUUGCAAUGCCUUUUAAACCUACCUCUGAACUACAAAUGCUUUUAAAAUCUUUAACCUAAAUGCUUAUAGGCCUCAAGUUUUGAUCACUUCAUUUUUUUUUUUCUGCCCUUUUGGUUACGUGAGUGAGGUUGGUGUCGGCGUAACAUGGCUCUAAGUGUGGAGAUGGAAAAGAUUAUUAUUUUUAUUUUUUCAUGUUUUUGAUUGCAGUUGUCAGGAUUUGAAUGUGCAGUCUUUGUUACAUUAGUCAUCUUUAAAGAUUUAAUUUGAUAUUUUCAUAUAGAUGACUUAGUAACAUUGAAAGUACUUUUUUUUUUUUGUAGAUAAUGAAUAAGGGGAAUGUUUCCUUGUGUGUAUAUAUUUGUAAAGUUGAAUUGAACAAAGAUUUUUGUAUGAUCAUUUUUUUUUUUUAAACAAUUUUUAUUUUUUCUCAAAGAGAGAAACCUAGAUAUGGUAAAAAUACCUUGUAUGUUUGGAAAUAAAUUUUGUAAAUAUUUGUAAGUUUGACAAAUCUUUCAGUCUUUUGAAAUAAAUCUUAUUUAUGAAAUCUUAUGGCAAGUUCCUUAUGAGAUGAAUAUUUUGCUUUUUGUCAAACUGCAUUCAAGACUUAUCUAAACUUUUGGUUGUAAGAUCUUAUUUUGGAUUAGUCAAUUCGAAAUUAUAUUUGCCAUAUCACAGGAUUAUACAUACUGUCUGAAACCAAUUUGAUAUACAAACCCGAUUCCAAAAAAGUUGGGACACUGUACAAAUUGUGAAUAAAGAAAUGCAAUGAUGUGGAA